CGAGGAGGUUGAGGUUGCCUAAAAAAUCGUAUUAAAAAAAAAUGUUCAGAUCAAGAUAAAAAUCAAAAUCAAAAUCACAAUCGAUAUAGGCCAAGUCCUUUUGGCUUAGAAGGCCAAGCCACCCAAACACCUACCAUCUACAUUGCAUGAACAAAAUCAAGUCACGUUAAUUACAUCCCUGAAACCGUGACGAAGAAAUGGCGAAUUACCAGCAGAAAAGAAGCAAUGCAUUAUAACAACUACAAUUCCUGCAUCAUCAUCCACUUAGAAAACUCAACUACUACCUAACCUCCUCUUUAGCAGCCAUAUUCCAGAUUCACGAACAAAUGGCCAGUGUAUAUAUAUAAGGCCUCCAGGGGAAGUGACCAGUGAACUGCUAGGUUUCACCACAAACACACAGAAUCCCCACAUAUUAUGAUGGCUAUCAUAUGGUAUGCCCCUCUUUUGUUUCUGAUUGUCUAUUUACUUCUCCUAUGCCACCAAUACUUUAGAGGAACAACAAAGAAAACCUCAAUUCCAUUAAACUGGCCAAUUUUUGGCAUGUUUCCUAGUCUAUUCUUAAAUGAACAUAGAAUUCAUGAUUAUGUAACCGAUGCAUUACGAGGGUGUGGAUACACUUUCGUAUUCAAAGGUCCUUGGCUAUCCAGUGUCAAUUUGCUGAUCACUUGUGAUCCUGCUAAUAUACACUACAUGUUGAGCAAAAACUUCUCUAACUUUCAAAAGGGUCCAGAGUUCAAAGUGAUUUUUGAUAUUUUAGGGGAAGGGAUUUUCAACGCUGAAGCAGAAUCCUGGGAAAACCAAAGGAAAGCUCUGAUGCCGCUAGUUAAUCAACAUGAAUUUUACAAGUUUACCGGGUCGACUACCUGGAACAAAUUGGAGAAAGGGCUGAUUCCAAUACUGGAGCAUGCAGCUGAGACAGGAAUGGAGAUUGACUUGCAAGAGCUGUUGGAGAAGUUUACCUUUGAUACCUCUUGCAUUAUGGCAUUGGGUCAUGACCCUGCUUCUCUUGGAACCGACCUGCCAGAAAAUGAAUAUGUGAAAGCCUUUGUUGAUGCUGAAGAAGCCAUCUUUCACAGACAUAUGCUUCCAGCUUUUUACUGGAAGCUCCAAAGGUGGCUUCAAAUUGGCAAAGAGAAGAAGCUCACCAAGGCUAAAGUUAGCCUCAAUCAGUUUUUGGACACUUGCAUCGCAGUUAAGUCAGAAGAGUUGAAAGGUGGAAAUCAAACAGCCAGUUCCCAGGAGGAAGGAGGGGGCCUUGACUUGUUGACAAGGUACAUGAAGAAAUUAACCGGAUGCCAGAAAGAGAAUGGAUCAUCUGCUUUACUCUCUCAAAAGGUAUGGGCAGAUGCUUUACUCAAUUUGAUCUUUGCAGGUAAAGACACGAUAAGUGCAGGUCUUACUUGGUUCUUUUGGCUCCUUGCUACAAAUCCUGUGGAAGAAAAUAUGGUUUUACAGGAGUGUGUAACCAACUUACACGUGAAACAAGGAACAUGGGAGUUCUCCAACAUAGAGGAGAUUAAGAAUCUGGUACAUCUGCACGGUGCUUUAUGUGAGUCGCUUCGGCUCUUCCCUCCAGUUGCAAUGCAGCACAAAGCUCCAGCAAAGGUUGACAUUCUCCCAAGUGGCCAUCGCUUAAAUCCUAAUGCAAAGACAGUGUUAUCCUUUUAUUCAAUGGGAAGGAUGGAGAAAAUAUGGGGAACUGAUUGCUGUGAGUUCAAGCCACAGAGAUGGAUUUCAGAGCAUGGGGGUAUAAAACACGAACCAUCUUUCAAGUUUACAGCAUUCAAUGCAGGACCUAGGACCUGCUUGGGCAAGGACGUAUCUUUCAUCCAAAUGAAAAUUGUUGCUGCUGCGAUUAUCUGUCGUUUCCAGUUUCAGAUCUUACAAAGCAAUCGCAUUGCAACCAGUAAUUCUGUAAUACUUCACAUGAGACAUGGUCUGAAAGUCAAGGUUUCCAAACGGAAUGUUGGAAAGUUCGCAUAGUAUCAGAGUAGCAUCCAUAAAUUAGCAGGCUCUCAACCUGUGGAUCUCCUAUGAGCUAGACCCAAUAAGAAACUCGUGUAAAGUUACUCAUGCAGCAUUCCUUUUCAAAGUGAGCCUGUUCCAACAAUAUGAGCUAUUGAACCUCGCAAUUUUCAUUGUGUUCACAAACCAAAACCAAGAACAUCAAAACUUUCUAGAUCUGAAAAUAGUGAAAUGAUGAUUUCAUUUGCAUAUCAGAUCUCAGCAAUCAAACCGUAAUUUUUUGAACAA